AAUGAUGCAAUUUCUUUCAAUUAUUAAUUUGAGACUAUCUCAGUAACUAUUGAUUUUGGACCUUAUUUCGUAUAAUACAUUUUAUGUAAAAUUUGAUGUUGAUCCAAAUUCGACAGAAAUGUUAAAUAUUCUUCUUAAAACACUGAAGAUGACCAACAUAUCUUAACAAGAAGACAAGUAAUUUAUAAGUUAUUUGAAGUGACGUUAUGGGAUUCAUCAUUGCAGAAAUGGAGGAUAAGGAAAAUAAACCAAAGUUGUUGAGUUGUAUGAUAAGAGGUCCUGCUCCUAUAUAUAAACUGCAAACCUUAGUUGGAUAUGAAGGUCACUGUCUAUCUCGGCCAAGAGGCCCAGCAUAUACUAUAAGACCUCGAACGAAACUUCACGUACCAAGUAUUGGUCCUGGACCACAAUAUAAUGUUUCAAAAUUAACGAUUUAUGGAGUAGAUAAUCCUCCUGCAUAUACAAUAGUUGGUCGAGAACCAUUUAAAGUGAGUGAUUUUGGACCAGGACCAGGAGCACAUUAUCCAGAGUUAUGUCCCCCAAUGAAUCACAAUAUUAGAGCCCCUGCUUAUACUAUUAAAUCUAGGAGUAGAACGAAACUAGAUGACAGUGGACCUGGUCCAAGUGCAUAUAUUUUACCAACUACUAUAGGACCAAAAAUUCCUGACAAAGCAGCUCAAGGUGCUUUUUCUAUUGCUGGGAUUCACAAACUUAGAGAAGAAGAUAUUGGUCCUGGUCCAGCAGCUUACAGCAAUAUAGAUGUCAAUCUUACAAAACGUAGUUCUCCAGCAUACAGUUUAAAAUGGAGGACUGGAUUACCAGAUAUAGAUAAAAGUCCAGGACCACAAUAUUAUCCUCAAUAUGAUACUGGAAGACGUCCUCCUAUGUAUUCUUUUGGUAUAAGACAUAGUGAAUGUGCUGGUUUACCUAUCACAGGCUUGGAUGAAGAUUGAUAUGUUAAUUUUGUAAAUUAACAUAAUUUUGUAUAUAGUACUUUACAUGCUUGUGAUGUCAAGUUAAUGUAACUUGUUUUAUAUAUAUAUAUAUAUAUAUAUUUAAAAUAAAUGUUUAUAUUAUGCUAA